AUGGCCUCUCCCAAUUACAGCCACUUGUGUUACGAGACAGGGAUGGAACUCACAAACGGAUUCAAGAACGCAAGAAGCAAACAUGAAUUCGCAACGAUAGCGACAGUCAAAGAUGUCAUGUCGCGUAACAGAUUGCGACGCGUCUACGGUAGCCUGAUGUCUGAAGAUGCCAUUCCAGCCAAAGUCGGCGAGCAAGACUUUGUAGAGAUGGUUGAAGAGAAGAACCUUCUUCACUUUUUGGCUGUUCUCAUGUACGCUGAAUGCUCAGUCAAUGCGGCCAAAGCUUUCGUCCAAAAGCUGGUGCUAGGGAAUGGAUCUCAAGCAGCGCAAGAUGACCCCAAAGAUGUGCAUCGUUUCUUGAAACAUCAACGUCCUUUCUGCACUAUCGUUGUCGGUGGCCCUGACAUGGUAAAAAUCUGCGUUGUAUUCAAGGUCGAAGUUGCUGAGGGUCACUUGACCAAGGUUCAUGCCUUUAGUGAGACUAUUGGACAACCUGAGGUCAUUGCUCGAAAAGACUUCAUAACAGAGACUGCCGAGGCCAGCUUUCAAAAAGAGUGGCAAGCCAUCAGGAAAAUCUUCAACAGCAGGCGGACGCACGACAAUAUUGUCAAAACCUUCGGCACAAUCGAGAGUGAGGGACAGCCGUCGACAUUCAGUCUACUUAUGCCAUUGGCAGAUAUGGACCUCGGGAAAUACAUGGAGCGAUAUCCCUAA